AGACCUGUAAAGUUAUACAAAAGGCAAAACAAAAUGGAAGGCAGUAAAAUACUCCAUGCUUUCAAUAACAUUUAUUUUGCAAUCUUUGCUUUGUUUUGUUUCAAGCUCUUAAUCAAAACCUCUUUGGCUUUAUUGACCUAUUUCUAUAUUGUGAAAGGGAACAGGAAGGAAGCUGCAAGAAUAGCAGAAGAGAUCUAUGGAAUAGCCCCAGGCUCAUGGGCAGAUAGGUCUCCUCUUCAUGAAGCUGCAUUUCAAGGGCGCCUCUUGUCAUUGAAAAUCUUGAUAACACAGGGAUUCAAUGUGAACAUUGUUACAAUAGACCGCGUUUCUGCUCUUCAUGAGGCAUGCCUGAGUGGCCAAGUCGCUUGUGCAAAAGUGUUACUGGAACAUGGUGCUCAUGUCAAUGCAGUAACUGUAGAUGGGAUCACACCUCUCUUUAAUGCUUGCUGUAGUGGCAGUGCAGCUUGCGUCAGUCUGCUGCUUGAAUAUGGUGCCAGACCACAGCUGGAGAAUCACUUUGUUUCCCCAAUUCAUGAAGCUGUGAAGAGAGGCCACAGGGAGUGUAUGGAAAUUCUUUUAGCCAAUGAUGUUGAUAUGGACCAAGAAGAUGCACAGCUUGGAACACCACUUUAUGUGGCCUGCAUGAAUCAAAGAACACACUGCGUCAAGAAACUUUUACAGCUAGGAGCUAGUGUCGACCUGGGCAAGCAGCUGGACACCCCACUUCAUGCAGCCGCUAGAAAAUCCAGUGCAGAAAUUGUCAACUUGUUAACAGACUAUGGGGCCAGCUUGAAGUGGAGAAAUUCUGAGUUAAAAUGUGCUCUUGAUCUUGCUGCACCUAACAGCUCUGUCGAACGGGCUUUGUUGCUUCAGGAAGGACCGCCUAGACUGGCCCAACUGUGCCGACUGUGUAUCCGAAAAUGCUUGGGUCGUUCAUGCCUUUAUUUAGUCCACAAACUACACCUACCUGAACAAAUUGAAGAUUUUCUUUUAUUCCGAUAACUUUACACUUGUCUGUAGGGUGAUAAAAACAAUGAAAAAGAUUGUUAAUAUAUUACAACCAAGGUCAAUAUUAACUGGCAUCUACUACAUCUAUAUGAUGUAUACCAUAAUAUAGCAAGAUUGAAAAUGA